AUGUCUGACACUGAGGAAAUUGUGGACGAGUAUGAGCAAGAGGAGGAAGAGGAAGAAGAGGAGGAAGUGGAGGAUGAGGAGGUGAACGAGGAGGAAGAAGAGCAGGAAUAUGAUGAUGCAGAGAAAAAACAUGAGCCUGCAGAGGAGAAUGAGCAUGAAGAAGAGUCCAAACGGCGACAUAAGACAACUUAUGUGCCAAAUAUUGCGCCUCCAAAGCUCCCAGAUGGUGAGAAGGUGGAUUUUGACGACCUCCACCGUAAGAGAGUAGAAAAGGACUUCAACGACCUACAGAGCCUCAUCGAGGUGCAUUUCUCCAGCCGCCAGAAAGAGGAGGAAGAGCUGGUUGCUCUUCGUAGCCGUAUUGAACGCCGCCGAUCAGACAGAGCGGAGCAACAGCGCGUCCGUACGGAGCAGGACCGCGAGCGCCAAUCACGUCUGGCCGAGGAGAGGUCGAGGCGUGAGGAGGAGGCGGCAAAGCUGCGCGCAGAGGAGGAGGCCAAGAAGAAGAAGAUUUUCACAAACAAAUCAUUCGGUGGCUACCUGCAGAAGGUCGACCAGAAGAAGGGCAAGAAGCUGACUGCAAGAGAAGAGAAGAAAAAAGCACUGAUGGAGCGCCGUAAGCCACUCAACAUCGACCACCUGAACCAAGAGAAGUUGGCGGAGAAGGCGCAGGACCUGUGGAGUUGGCUCCAUGAGCUGCAUGCUGAGAAGUUUGAGCUGGCAGAAAAGCUCAAGAGGCAGAAGUAUGACAUCCAUGUGCUCCGAAACCGAGUCAGUGACCACCAGAGGGGCUCCAAAGCAUCCAAGACCACUCGUGGGGCCAAGGGCAAGUCUGGCUCCUGGAAAUGA